GCGCGCUCGGUCGCCGCUGGAGGCGGGGCGCGGGUGUCGGCGCGGGCGGCGGUUCGCCCAGUUGACAGCAUGCUCAUCGCGCUCAACGACUCCAACCUCACUGACCUGGCGCUCGGCCCCGACCUGCCCACCAGCCCCUACAGCCUCGCGCAGAAGAUCAUCAUCGCCAUCAUAGCCAGCGUGCUCUCCGUGCUCACUGUCGUCGGCAACUCCAUGGUCAUGAUCAGCUUCAAGAUCGACAAGCAGCUACAGACCAUUAGCAACUACUUCUUGUUCUCGCUCGCCGUGGCUGACUUCGCAGUGGGCCUGAUCUCGAUGCCGCUCUACACCAUGUUCACGAUCUACGGCUACUGGCCUCUCGGGCCUCACGUGUGCGAUACGUGGCUCGCGCUGGACUACCUCGCGUCGAACGCCUCGGUGCUCAACUUGCUCAUCAUAAGUUUCGAUAGGUACUUCAGUGUGACGCGGCCGUUGACCUAUAGGGCUAAAAGGACUACACGAAGGGCGACGAUGAUGAUAGGGGGAGCUUGGGGGUUCAGUUUGCUGUUGUGGCCGCCGUGGAUUUACGCGUGGCCGUACAUCGACGGCGAGAGGAAAGUGCCGCCGCACGAGUGUUACAUUCAGUUCAUAGAGACGAACCAGUUCAUUACGUUCGGGACAGCCAUCGCGGCGUUCUAUGUGCCAGUGACUGUCAUGUGUAUACUCUACUACAGGAUAUGGAGGGAGACCAAGAAACGGCAGAAGGAUCUGCCCAAUCUGCAAGGAGGGAAGAAACACGAUUCCUCUAAGAGAUCUAAUUCUAGUGACGAGACGAGAGAAGUGGACGGGCGCACGAGGUCCGAGUCUGGUGAUGCGGAUUCCGUGUAUCACGUGCGAGGCGCACUCCACGACCAGAGGUGGAGAGAUAACCAGGCAGCAAACGCGCGUCGUCCACAACGCGGCUGGGCCGCAGUGAGAGCGUGGUGCGUCGCUUGGUGGCACUCCGGCAGAGAGGAUGUCGAGGACACAGAGCCUGAGGAGGAACCUUCAGACCCUGGGUACGCCACCCCAGUGUCCGUUGAGACGCCGCUGCAGAGUUCUGUGUCCAGAUGCACAUCACUAAACGUCAUCAGGGACCCAUAUGCGUCUCGUGGUGGUGGGUCUAGCGGUUCAGGGGGUGACGGAGGUACCUCCCCCCUCCGCCGAACCUAUGAGCCACCCUCAAACAUCCCCGCAGCCCGCGACAGUCGCUCUCUACCUCCUAACACCAGAAUCAACGCUACUACCUCACCAGCACCCAAAUCUGCGUCCGCAGACUCAGUGUACACCAUCCUUAUUAGACUACCUGAUGCUGAUACUGAAAGACCAACAAUCAAAAUGAUCACAGAGGAAUCUCCACCUUCUAACACGAGAACACAUUUCCGACCCACCAGAGGGGAUUCCGAACUUAACCUCCAUCCCGCUGGACAUCAAGCGUUGACUAGAAGAACGUCACAUAUACAAGAUGUUAGAAUCCCCUUAAACGCCAAAAUAAUACCAAAACAGUUGGCAGGGAAGGGUAUAACUAAACAGCCAAAACCAAAAAAGAAAACACAAGAGAAAAAGCAGGAGACGAAAGCGGCGAAAACGUUGUCGGCCAUCCUUCUGUCGUUUAUAAUCACUUGGACGCCUUACAACAUACUGGUGUUGCUAAAGCCACUGACGGCGUGCACUAAGUGCAUUCCUGACGAGCUGUGGUCCUUCUUCUAUGCUCUUUGUUACAUAAAUUCUACGAUUAACCCUGUGUGCUACGCCCUCUGUAACGCCACCUUUAGAAGAACGUACGUGCGGAUUCUGACGUGCAAGUGGCACAAUAGGAAUAGGGAAGCAAUGACUAGGGGAGUGUACAAUUGAAUUGUGAUGAGCUUCGUACUUUGAAUGAUUUAUCUCGACGGUGCCAAAAUGUUAAUUGCCCAAUUUUGGUAACCGUUUAAGUUUUGUUUGUUGUCGUGCAAAACAAUGCUGGUAAUUGGAGAACGGAGUUUCGUUUUCAGAAAAUGGGGAUAUGUGCCAAAUAUUUCAAGUUUCUGUUACGAGCAUUGGCACGUUUCAACUAAAAACUCUUUAAUUUCUAAUCCUUCCUAAAAUGAGAACUAAAAUGGACUGCUAAUAAAAAGUGGUAAAAUCCAUGUUUAGUGUGUGAAAGUAAAAGUUUAUUUUUGUCCAUUGAAACGAUUAGUUGUGAAUUUUAAUUUCGAUUAGUGAGUUGACCGUCCCGUCCAUACAUAGUAUAUUAUUUGUAGACUUAGAUACAUUUGUGUUGAUUUUAGUUUGCAUUCAUUAAGAAUAUUUUAUUUCGGACGUUUUUUGUGAUGUGCAAAGCAUGAGAAUUUAUUCCAAGUAAAGUAAAAAUUUAAAUUAAAUUAAUUCGAAAGAUUUCUUUUUACUAGAUUGUGAACCAAGUCAAAAUAUUUUAAUGCUAUCCAAUGAAAUAAUGAUUUAAUGGAAUUAAAUGGAAGCACAGAAAACGUCCGAAUCUUCUCCUGUUAUAAGAAGAAGAGAAAGAUUUAAUUUAAAAUCGGAAAAUUAAGAGCAAAAAUAUUAAAUGCCAAGAGUAUAUUAAGAAUGGUUAGUGUUAGAUCACAGAGCUGAACUAGCUUAAACUGGUAGUUGUCAAUAAAUCUAGUCUGGGGACUGAUUUGGAAAUACGAGAUUUUACAGUACUAUAGCGAACUCCUCAGUUUUAUGUUGUCCUGGUAUUUUAUUCCGUAAAACAGCCAGCAUCUGAACUAAAACAUGCAGAUAUAGUUAACAUUACUUUUGAUCCAUUUUGGGUACCUUAGGUAAACCCAACUCUUAAUAUAUGUUAUAUUUUAAAAGAUGUCUUUUGAACCUUUUAAAUUAAUUUGGUAUAAAAAUAGAAUUAAAAAUGACCUAGUAUUACUUUUUAUUCCCCCUUUCCCCAGUCAAAGAAUAAUGCUAUAGAGAAAUAAAUUCUCGCCAUUAUUAUUCGGAUUAUUCGAGUAGAGUCCGAAUAAUAAAUUGUACGAUUUAUCGUGAACGCUAAAGGAAGCUUAUCUCGUACUUUCAUAUCGGUUUGCUUUGAACGUGUAAACUCUAGUCAGAUAUUUCUCUACGGUGUUCUGGAUAAAGUUUGAGCUUUUAGGAUUAAAAUCGACGAAUUUAGAUCUCGGAUCAUUUAAUUUGCAAUCUUUUGAAGGUUUCUUAUUAAAUUUUUAUCUUUAUUUAUCGUCGAGUGCUUCGUAUCUUGAAUCUUUCCAAGUGAAAUAAAUAUGAAAAUGUUUUUUUUCUGCUUAUUUUUGUUUUCAACCUUAAAAGCUAAUGUCAUUUGUUUUAAAAAUUCCUUGUUUUUGUUUUAGAUGAAAAAGAGUUCUAAAUGAGUGGCUCGUAGCACUUUGUAUUAGAAUAUAUCAACUUAUCUAUGUCAAACAGUAUUAAGAGAGAGUCCUGGGCCUUUUUUUCAAAAUAUUCAUUGUGUGUGUUUUCAUGUGUUUUAAUUUAAGUAAAUUUUUAUAAUUAUAGAAAACUCUGAGCAAUACUCAAAUCUAUUUCUUGUGAGGAUAACUGUUUAUAUGAUAAUUUUAAGAUUUAAAAGACCAUUUUAAUUGUAUUUCAGUACAUAGUGUUACAACCUUAUUCAUUUUCGAUAGGUUCGUAUACUUCUUAUAGUAAACUACUUUGAACAUGGUACCUAUAAUUUUGAAUGCGAAAAACAUUGGCGCAAUUUCAGGGUUCUGUCCACAGUUUACUAUGAUGAGUGUUCUGACCUCCUUUCGGGUCACAAUAGGGUUGUAACACCUUGUAAACGACUUGUUUUUCUUCGUCUCUGUGACUUCAUAAAAUCGACCGGAGAUACACCAUAUCUCGAACUAUUAAAUUCAUACAACGAUCUGUCAGACGUGCCCUUCUAACUGUAUAUAUUAUUUUACCUCACUCUUCUACGAAAAUUUUAUGGAUAUUGCGGAAUCUAUUAUUCCUUUUAAUGUCGUAAUUACUAUCACUAUUGUGAUAAUGUUGUGAGAAACGAAUAGUGAGCUAAAAUGAUAAUCCAAUUUUAAUUCACCGCUAAUCUUAACCCGACAACGUUUAACUACAUAUAUGUAAAUUAUAUUUAAAUAUGUGUCAAGUAGAUAAAGAUGGGAUAUAUUCAUUGAAUUCUAAAUAUAUGUAUGGAUUUUAAAAUAUAUAAAAUGUAAUUGUAAAUAAAACAUUCGAUAUAUUAAGUCUAUGACAUUUGUAUCGGCAGUAUUACUAUAAAUAGGAAUAUAUAUGUAUUAUACAAUUAAUGUGUGUGUAAUUAAGGUAAUGUAACAUAUACAUCAAAUCUAUGAGUGUUGUACAACGUUCCUUUGUUGUGAAUGAGGUUUUAUUAACCUAAUUAUUAAUUAUAUAUGUGUAGAAAUAGAAAAUCUAUUAUAUAUCAAUGCAAUUUACAUUUAAGUCCUAGAUUUGAAUAAAACCAAAUUUUAUACAAAAUUGACGAGAAUUACGCAUUUUUCUUAAAACAGUGAAAAAUAAAAUAUUCCAUGAAUCUCCAAGGACAGCAUUCUGUAUAAAAAUAGGUGAAGAUUACUUUUGAUACUGAAUUAAAAAACGAGACAGCCAAAAAUGUGCCAAAACUAGAGUGAUCACAAUAUAAAAUUAAGUUAAAAUCUACCUAGUAAUAUUGAGCUCUCCAAAAUAUAAAUUAAAGUGCGACUAUUUUACCACAAAAAAAAUUGUAAGAUCACAAAAUACGAAAAAAAGGACAUCACUAACAUACUUCUAUCUUAAUAAAUAUUUUUGUUAUAUACAGUACAGCAUGCUAAAGCCUAUUUUCACCAACAACAUAAAUGUCCGGUUUUAUUAAAACAACUGUUUAUUUUGAAACUUGAACUUAGAAAUUCAUAGUAAAGACUCGUUUUAAAAGAACUGACGUUUCUGUUGUCGAUGAACUUGGGCAUAAAAAGAACUCGAAUACCUAGAUCUAAACAGGGUUAACUAAAAAAAUAGUUUUUUCAAUAACACAUACCAUCAAAAUCCUUAAACGAAUACCCGUCGACCAACAGAACAGAUUUAAAAUAUGUUCUAACUGCGUGAAAAAGGGUGCAUUUUUCAACAUCAACAUCAGAAGGAAUCGGUUCUUCGUCGUUUCUGAAAAGGGUUUUUUUGACUUAACCCUCUAGAUCUAGGUGUGCAAAAUGUACAUUUGCAUGUUUAGUACAAUACAUUACAAAACAUACAUAAGAAUGCGUAAUUCUAUCAUUCAAGCUGACAAGACUAACUGACUUACAAAUACAAUUACAAAUACAAUUGGUGAUGCAACUCAACAAACCAGUGACUAUUGACCGAAACUGUUUUAUUUAAUAAAAACUGUUUAUUCAAUAAACGUGUAAUUAUUGUUUAUUCCGAAUUGUACCAUUUUUAAUUUUAAUGAUUCUUUUUAUUCCCUCUAAGUUUUGUGUAUUAUGUCACCAAGUUGAACUAAAAAAGUGUUUUUAUUUUAGAAAUUAUUAGUUGAUCAAGUAUCAAUGUUGCUUAUUUUUUGUUUUCCAUUGAUUUGACUAAACUAUACCUACCUACAUGUUUUUUUUAAAUUCAUCAAAAUAGACCAAUAGUCUGAGUAGAAUUGCAUAGAAA